AUGGCUCCCAGAAGAGCACCACUCGAAGACUUGUCUCGACUAUUUGCCAACACUACCAGUGCUCCACGAGGUCACUCCUACCUCGACUUGGACAAACCUCUAGACACUAAGUCUGCUUACAACAGUAAUACCGGUGUGAAAAGACUUGGAGCUAAGAGACAUGCCUACGCUGGAUUUGGAGAAUAUCGUAACAAUCCGAGACUUUCGCAGGCCGCGUACAGUUUAGAGGACAAAGACAACAAGGCGUGGGCUGCUGCGCUCGAUGAAAUUGAGAACCGGAAUAUCCGAAAACCCCCUAGUCCAGAAGUUAAGCCUGCUAGUAAGGACAAUCGGCAGGCAGUUGCUGCCACAGUCACUCCAGUGAAAGCCAUACCGAAUGCGCCGGCUCCCACUUCUCCUCCUACAGCUCUCCCAAAGAAAAUUUUCGCUUCACAGACGGUUGCGGAUACAGUGAAGGCCGUCUCAAGUGGAACAGCAACCCUUUCCACGACUCUCUCCUCACAAAAGACAGGCUUCAGCUCGUUUACAGCCGCCGACACGGUCAACAACGGUGCUAAGCGUAAGUGGAUAGAGCCAGAAUCAACAGAAGCCAUCGAAGCCCGGAAGAAACGAAGUCUUCAGCCAGUACCAACCGGAAUCACCGAACAACAGAACAGACGAAGUGUACGGCCAGGUCCAGUGGGAGUUACCGGAGCCCAGAAAAGACAAAGUGGCCACACAGGUUGUAAGCGAAGUAUCAAGCAAGAAGACGACAGUGUUAGAGACACUGUAAUGUGCGAUUGCGAUGAUCCUUUGCAUUCGGUGUCAGAUGAAUAG